UAGUCGAAGGCGGUGACGGCGCAAUGAAACCAGUCUUUGCCUGAGAAUUGCAAAAGUUUGAGAAGGAUCAAGUCAAAGGUCAAGUUAAUAUAACACCAGGAGUCACCAUGAAGACGCUCCACCUUGUCGCCGUGGUAUUGGUCGCAUAUGGAGUACAAAUGGUGCUGUCUGACUCUGAGAAUGGAUCUUCGUUUCCAGACCUAACAAGCAAUGGAUGGGCUUUUAUUGCUUGUACUGUGGCAGUUAUAAUAUUUGGAUGGCUCUGGUGUCGCUUCACAGAUGAGCCUACUGUUGAAAUAGAAAAUAAAUACUACACUGUUGAGGUAGGACAACAAGCAGAAUUGAGGUGUUCAGUGUUGGGUGCCUUUCCGUUCAUCAAAUCUGUUACCUGGGAACAUACAUCACCUGGCGGACAACCCAUACAGCUUGAUUUAGAUCUGCCUGAGUAUACAAAAUCUAAACCAGAUCACCUUAUAAUCAACAAAACAGUAAAAUCUGACGAAGGAGAAUAUGUGUGUACUGUCUCCAGUUGGUACGGGAAACGACGAAGUACAACAACUAAACUGACUCUGGUAGAAGGAUCAACAUCCUCAUUUGUGUACAAACCUUCUAUGGCUGCCACAUAUCCUACCACCAAAAAGACCACCAACUUCGCCAGAAUCUGUAGACUGGUGGUUGAUGUUUUUCCCGACAUAUUCAGGCAGUUACUUGUCGCUCGACUGCCAGCAUCUGGACUGACCACUGCUCUUGGUACCAACAGGAAAGUGAUCUUCCCUCUGCUGAAUUUUCAGCAGAAAAGAAUACUUUACCCACAACUUGGAGUGUUCCGAGGUUCUGAGAAGGAUUUGGAUGUAUCUCUCCUCUACAUCCUUCUAAGGAAUCUAGUGAACAUCCCACCUCAUAAAAAUGGGUGGGGAAGAGAUCCAGAUAUUGCAGAUCGUUCACUGUCGGCCAACAUCGACCGCCUCCGUAGUCAGAGAAAUGAGGCUUACGGACAUGCGAAGUCUGCCUCUAUCUCUGAUACAGAUUUUCAGACUAGGUGGGCCGACAUCCGACAAAGUAUCGAAGAUCUGCAGAGUGGUGGUCAUAUUACAGGGACAUUCGUAGUAGCUGUGGAUAAGAUAGGCACCAUGAGGAUGGACCCCAGUACAGAGAGGAAUUUUAUAGCUCUGGUAAAGGAGAUGGAAGGGGAAAUCUGUGACGUAAAACAGAGACAAGACGAGAUGACAACUGACAUGGACAACCUAAAAGGCACUGUUGAUGCUGUGAGUGGUGAUGUUGAUGCUGUGAAGAAAGAUGUCAGUGACAUGAAACAAACAUCAGCCAAAAAUGCAGGAAGGGAUCCUAAGUUGACAGCUAUGAUAGAUACAACAAAGUCUACAAUUCAGACAGAAAAAGAAAGCUACAAGUAUAUUUCUACCAAAAGUCUCCAAGAUGCCCAUCAAAAACUUCUGGAGAACAAAAUCGUUAUAAUCCAGGGAAACUCGGGGGACGGGAAAUCAUCUACUGCACUUGAACUUCUCGGUUUGCUGUGCUGUAAUGAAGAGGAGGGGCAACAUAAACGAUGUCGACAACCACUACAACUACACGAGAUAAAAGACUUAGAUUCAGUUGCACCAAAGUCACAAUUAGUUAUUUAUUUUGAUGACAUCUUUGGAACGAAUGUUGUGUGUCAGGAAGGUGUGAAAGAAUGGGAGAAACGAGAAAAAGAAAUUAUUGCAAAACUUUGUGGAAAUGAAUCUGAGUCCAAUUAUCUGGUCAUUACAAUUCGUAGUGGAAUGAUUAAUUCUUUAAGUGGCCUGGGAAAAUUAUUUACUAAAGAAAACAUUGUUGACCUUAGCCAGUACAAAGAAGACAAAGAAAAACUUGCAUUGUUAAAGUUGUAUCAACCAAAAACUGAAUUUGUUAAAUGGACAGAUGAUGAGGAGAAACAGAUUGUGGCCUCGGCCCCAGACAUUGGGUUUCCACAGUGUUGUAGAUUAUUUAGGGACACACCUAGUUUACAAACAGAGAGAGUCAAAUUCUUUGAAAGACCUUUGCAUUAUUUUAAAUCCUCUUUAUCUAAAUUAGAAGACGGGAAAUUUUAUGGUCUGCUGUAUCUGUUUCUCAAAGGCGGCUCAGUUCUAGAACAUGAUUUAGACCCUUUUAUUGAAAAUAUUGAAGAAAAUGAGGAAAUGAAAGCAGCAUUUGCUUUUGAUGUAGUAAAAGUAAACCCAACAUCUGAGCUUAUUUACAAAAAAGAAAAGAAAGCAGAAUUUGUAAAGGAGUCAUUAGAAUGCCUUUUUGGUUGGCUGGUGAGAAAAGAAUCUACACUGUGGAAAAAAUGUCCCUUUUACAAAUUCAAACACGACUCCAUUGAGGAAACAGUGGCACUUCUGUAUGGAGAGAAAACUCCCAUUGGCUACAUACAGAAUUGUCCCAGAAAGUUCCUCAGUUAUGUAACUACAACAAAAAACACCCCAAACAGAAUAGUUAUAUCAUCUGAUAAUCAAACCAAUGCCAUGUAUAAACGUAUAGUGACAGAGUUUCAAUCUGUUGAUCCUGAAAGUUACUGGUAUUUGAGUGAGUAUGAAUAUUUAUUUAGAUUAGAUGUAUGGACAGACACCCUGUUUUUACAGGGUUUUAUCAGAUGGCUAAGUGGUCAGAAUGAUGACAAAAACUUACACCAACUGAUAAAAUGUGCCUUGUUAAAUGAAGCUUGCUCUGCUGGUUUAGAAGAUCAUUUCUCGUAUCUCCUUUCUGUGGGUGCCACACCCGACAAUAAUACACCGUUUAUUGUAGUGGAGGGUGGGAGUGUACGACUACUGACACAAAUACUAAUGUAUGGCGUCAUUCCUACAGCGAAGGCACGCGAGUCACAAUCAUCACAUUAUACUGAAGAUAUCAAUGUCCUACACGAGGCUUGUUUGUUUGAGAGAGAAGUGAUGGUGACCAUGUUGUGUGACACUUACCCAGACUUGGUACAUGAGACUGAUCGCUAUGGACGAAGCCCGCUCCAUCUUGUGGCACGGACAGGAAACGUUGGUAUAUUUCAGACAGUGGAGAGAAUGAUACUUAAAUCUUUGUGUAGAGUUGAGGAUGUACAACGUAAGUGUGAGAUAGAAGAUGGUCGUGUUGUACAUAGGAGUUGUGUGUGUGGUCAGUACAUGUCACAGUUAGUGUACGAGGACGGGUUUACAAUAUUACAUCAUAGUUGUAUGUAUGGACACAGGGUGCUUAGUUUAUACCUGUGUGAGUGUUACCCAGCACUAACUACAGCUUUAACUAACGACGGGUGGACAAUAUUACAUUGGAGUUGUAGUCAGGGACACAGGGAGCUUAGUUUAGAGCUGUGUAAGUUAUACCCAGCACUGACUACAGCUGUAGAUAAGUACGGGUCUACAAUAUUACAUCGUAGUUGUAGGUGGGGACACAGGAAGCUUAGUUUAGAGCUGUGUAAGUUAUACCCAGCACUGACUACAGCUGUAGAUAACGACGGGUGGACAAUAUUACAUGUUAGUUGUAGUUGGGGACGCAGGGAGCUUAGUUUAGAGCUGUGUCAGUGUUACCCAGCACUAACUACAGCUGUAACUAACAACGGGUAUAAUUGUCUACAUCACAUAGCCAGAGAGACAUCAGAUGUAGACAUGUUCACUGAUUGUGAACGUCACGUAAAACAGUACGUAGAGAAAACAGGAGGUAAGUAUGACAUCACGACCUUACUUACUAAACGUGGGAAAUCUGUUUUAGACCUGGCAAAGGAACAGACAGAGUGGGAGAGAAUGUUGAGGAAGUUAGAUAACCCAUUGUAUGAUCAUCUUGUCGAGGUGUUUACUAAGUAAAUGUGUUAAUUAUUCACACUUCUAUACACUAACUUGUGUAACAUAAUGACAAAAUAAACAGCAACGAACAGAACACUGUGGAAACCUUUUGUGGGGUCAUCUUGUCAAGUUUAUUUGUAAAUAAAAGUACUUAGAAAUAUUCAUACAUACCUCUUUACCUUCUGUACAUUAACUUGUAUAACAUGGUGUAUAAUUAAACAAAGAUUAAGUUGAA